GUAAACAGAUGACACUUUUCUCCAAGACACCCCCUUAGGAGUGAGUGGUCCUGACGGUAGCCUGUCGAGAUGGCGGAGAACAGAGAUAAAACUAGCGACCAGAUGAAGAUAUGGAAGGAGAAUAGAGGCUCUCAGAGACCAGAUGUACUGACUACAGGAGGUGGCCAUCCCAUUGGAGACAAGCUUAACCUGCAGACUGCCGGACCGAGAGGCCCUCUGCUUGUGCAGGAUGUGGUCUUCACAGAUGAGAUGGCCCACUUCGACCGCGAGCGAAUCCCAGAGAGAGUGGUGCAUGCUAAAGGCGCAGGGGCGUUUGGCUACUUUGAGGUCACUCACGAUAUUACUCGCUACUGCAAGGCCAAGGUAUUUGAACAUGUGGGGAAAACUACACCCAUUGCUGUCCGUUUCUCUACUGUGGCUGGGGAGUCUGGUUCAUCUGACACCGUUCGAGAUCCCCGAGGGUUUGCUGUCAAGUUUUACACCGAAGAGGGUAACUGGGACCUGACUGGCAAUAAUACCCCCAUUUUCUUCAUCAGGGAUGCAAUGCUUUUUCCUUCUUUCGUUCAUUCCCAGAAGCGCAAUCCUCAAACCCACAUGAAAGAUCCUGACAUGGUGUGGGAUUUCUGGAGUCUGAGGCCUGAGAGUCUGCAUCAGGUGUCUUUCCUGUUUAGUGACCGAGGUUUGCCUGAUGGCCACCGCCACAUGAACGGCUACGGUUCCCACACCUUCAAACUGGUCAAUGCUGAAGGCGAAUGUGUCUACUGCAAGUUCCAUUACAAGACUGACCAAGGAAUUAAAAAUCUGUCAGUGGAGGAGGCAGACCGCCUUGCAGCCACCAACCCAGAUUAUUCCAUCGGUGACCUCUUCAACGCAAUCGCAAACGGCAACUUUCCAUCCUGGACCUUUUACAUCCAGGUCAUGACCUUUGAACAAGCUGAGAAGUUCAAGUUCAACCCGUUUGAUCUUACUAAGGUGUGGUCGCACAAAGAGUACCCUUUGAUUCCUGUGGGCAAACUGGUCCUCAACAGGAACCCGGUCAACUACUUUGCCGAGGUGGAACAGCUGGCCUUUGACCCCAGCAACAUGCCACCAGGCAUUGAGCCCAGCCCUGACAAGAUGCUGCAGGGUCGGCUCUUUUCCUACCCAGACACACAUCGUCAUCGGCUGGGAGCAAACUACCUGCAGAUCCCAGUCAACUGUCCCUUCAGGACCCGUGUGGCCAACUACCAACGUGAUGGUCCAAUGUGCAUGUCUGAUAAUCAGGGUGGUGCUCCAAACUAUUAUCCAAAUAGCUUCACCGCCCCACAGACUCAGCCUCGCUUUGUGGAGUCCAGGUUCAGGGCUUCGCCUGAUGUUGCUCGUUACAACAGUGAAGAUGAAGACAAUGUGACACAGGUUCGUGCCUUCUACACCCAAGUGCUGAAUGAAGAGGAGCGCCAGAGACUGUGCCAGAACAUGGCAGGAUUUUUGAAGGAAGCCCAGCUCUUCAUCCAGAAACGAAUGGUGGAAAACCUAAAGGCCGUCCAUCCAGACUACGGGCACCAGGUUCAGACCCUACUCAACAAGUAUAGCGUGGAAGCCAAGAAGAACACAAACGUACGUGUCUACAGCCGUCCAGGAGCUGCCAUUGCUGCUUCCUCCAAGAUGUGAUGCCUUAGAUCUGCAGCCCCUCACUGCCCUGAGAGCAGAUCCACUUGCAUGGUUACCGACUGGUUCUGCCAAGAACAAAAUCCGAUUUAAUGUACUAAUUACUGUCACAGAUGCGGAUGCAGUAGUGGUUAUGCUUGGUUUUGAUCCAUUGAAAACUAUUAAUCCUUUUUUGUUAUUUUCAGGGCAGGUAACCUUUAUGAGUUUCAUAGUUUGCAUUGAAUCCUGUAAAGUAAUACUGUUGUGAUUUGGCUGUAGGUUUCUUAAUUUGCCUUAAUAACUUGAUGUUAUUACCAUUUCAAUUUAAAUAAAUUAACCAACAAUAAUUGAUGUACAUUUUCUCCUACAUUGUAAUUAAAUAUAUUUGUAGCACCUAAAAGAAGUUAAAACUACAUUUGUUUUGAAAAGAUACGAUUUUUUUGCCUGGGCUGUACUCCACAGGAAAUGAUCAGUUGGUUAAACAGGAAAAACAUCUCUGCUAUUGGCAGGAAUUAUGUUUUUCCUGAGAACAAUGUUAACCUCUAGUUUGUUUAACUAAAAAUUGACUGAAUCCCUGACUGUUGAAUAUAAAUGCAAAAAUCCAUUAAUAUGUUUUCAAAUAAUAAAAUCCUUUAAAAUA